CAGUUAGUCAGAAUUAGUUGUUGGAAGGAAAAUAACGUCAAUCUAUUUAUAUUUUUUAUACAGUCAGUAAUUGUGCGGUUGUGUCAAAACUAUGCUAGUGUACUAGUGUCAGUACGAUUCCAAAGAUUUCAAUGCAUCACAGAAUGAAGAUACUAAUUUUCCUAGCAGCUGCCCUUGUAGGAUCCACUUUGGCGGACUCCGACAAGCUACCCUUCUGUAAGAUCUGCAAGUGUCACUUCACUAACGACGACGAGCAAGCAGACGUGACUUGCACCACGAACAUCAUUUACAACAUUUUCGAUGACUACUACUGGAAAAUCAAUGGAACGAACGAGUCCUACGCAUACGCGUCCAUCAACUUCCAAAACAACCAGUUCGGCGACCUGACCUAUAUCUUCCCGCAGUCGAACCUAACGUACCUGAACCUGGCCAACAAUGACAUCAAUAAGAUAGCGGAUAGCGUCUUCCAGAACUUGCAGAACAUGAACACGUUGAUCCUGAGCUACAAUGAUUUGGAGAUCCUGCAUCCCGAUGCCUUCAAGGGCGUCUAUCAGGAGACCAGACUGCUGCCCCUUAGAAGUUUGAAGGAGUUGCGGCUGGACCAUAACAAACUACACACUUUAAAUCAAGACAUCUUCGAGCACACAACCGACAUAGAAAUUUUGGAUUUGAGUUAUAAUCCUAUAGUAACCAUAGAUCAACACACCUUGGCGGCUAUCGACAGUUUAGCUUACUUGAAGGAGUUGUAUCUUCAAUAUACCGAAAUCACCACCCUUCCAGACAAUAUGCUUCACACCCCCAAGUUCCUCGAAGUGCUAGAUUUGUCAGGAAACCCCAUCAGCAAACUACCCGCCACUCUACAGCAAGUCCACAAACUGACCUCUCUAUACCUGAACAACACCAACUUUGAUAAUUUGACCGAGGAGAAUGGUUUUCCUGAAAUGCCGACAGUGAAAGUGUUGCAUCUUUGCCGGAACCAAUACUUGAGUCACUUGAAGAAACAUUCCCUAAGUGGCCUGAUCAAUUUGGAGGAAUUACACAUGAGUGACAACAUCGCUUUAUCCCACAUAGAUCCCUUAGCAAUGGCUAUGAUCAGGAACCACACGGGAGGAGCCAUUUGGCCACCCAUCAAAAAGCUUCACAUCAAUAACAACAAGCUCGCCUAUCUGGACAGCGAUAUCAUAGCUAGAUGGGACGGUUUGACACACCUGGACAUCAGGGCAAAUCCGUGGACUUGCGAGUGUGAAAAUCAGUGGUUGAUUGAGGAUUUGGUACCCAUAUAUCUGAAAAUUGAUGAAGAGAGCGCGAAACAGGUUCAAUGUGCAGCUCCCAUUGAGAUGGAGAGGUUUUCAUUUUACGAAUUGUACGAGAAAAAAAGCCACAUGAGGUGUUUGGACAUGUAUGGUGCAAGGCCUGAGAACGAUGCCAUGAUGCUAGUAGGCAUCUUAGCAGGUGUUCUAAUAGCGAUUCCAAUGCUCCUCUUCCUAGCCUUUGCUUAUCAAAAACGGUGGUUCGGAUUUUGCAACCCCUGCGACAAAUCUCCAGCAGCUUAUUCCAGAAGAUUCUACGAUAAAACUCCACACGAAGAUUUUUAGAAGAACGUACUAUUUAUAUUUCUGUGAAACUUUGGUAAGGCCGUAUUAGACCGAUUACAAGCAACGUGUAAAAUUUGAACGUAUUUUUUUUUUAGUUUUUUUGGAUAUUUAAGUAAAUUUUUAUUCUAAGAGCACAAUUUUAUUAUUGUAGUUUAGAUAUUGUAUUAAAGUAUAAACUUCUGAAAAACACGCAGGUGUCUGUUUUAUCAACCCCUAUAGUUCAAAGGGCUUUCUCUGUUUUUUUAUUCUUAAUAGGUUUAAGGAAAAAAUCCAGCGAGCAUUGUAGUAUUAUUAUAUUUCUGUAUAUUGAAUUUUAUAUGUAUAAAAAAUUAUUGAUAAAAUAAAGAUUACCAUAAAAUUUGU